GCCCCAGCGGCGGCCUACGACUGUUUGCAGCGCGGAGCGGCAGGCGCCAGCCCCGAGCAGGAGCAGUGGUGCUGCGCCCACGAGCAGCUGAUGUGCCACAGUCGGGGCACCACCAGCAGCGUCAGCUACGAUUGUGCGGCGGAUCUCGCGAACUGGGAGACCGGCUGGUCAGCGCGGAAGAAGGAAUGGUGCUGCAAGCGCGAGUCCCGGGGAUGCGGCGGCGCCGCGGCACCCUCGGGUGCCGUGGAGCCACCCACCGUGUUCGAGGGCACCGGCGAGGCGGCGGAGGACAGCAGGUCGAGCCGCUACGACUGCGACGCUGAGCUCUGGGACUCCGAGGCCAACUGGUCCGUGACGAAGAGAAGCUGGUGCUGUGAGCACUUGGCCAAGGGCUGCCCAGCCUCCACGACUUCGUCGGGCCCCUACGACUGCCGCCGCGGCCUCUUUGCCUGGAGCGAGUCCUGGCCCGAGGAGAAAAAGUGGUGGUGCUGCAAGACCCCCAGGACUCGGCUGCGCACCGGCGCCGUCCCCCGCGGACUUCGCCGACGAGACGCCUGGGCCCACCACGGGCCAAAAGCUGCGGGAGGGGCCCGCCGGAGAGGAACUGGGCGCGGGGCGCGCCCACCACGCCGCGGGCGGCAUCGGCGUCGGCCUGCGCCGGCUGCUGCCGGCGGCGGUCGGCUGGGAGGAGAGGGACAGUGGUCGUCGUGGGCGCCCACUGCAGGAGAGCCAUGCUCGUGGCCUUCCCGGCGGGGUGCCUGCUCCGUUCGGCCUGCGGGGGCGCCUGUUGCAGCCCGGCGGGCCCAGCAUACCGGGAACUCCCGAGAGCGAGCUUCGCGGAGUGAGGCCUUUGCGCUGGGUGCGUUUCUCAUCGUCUGA